AUGAUCUUCAUCCAUGAAGAGCGCACACUACUUCUGGUUGGACGUACUGGUGAUGGAAAAAGUGCAACAGGAAAUAGUAUUCUUGGAACUAAAGCUUUCAAAUCGAUGCAUUGUUCUUCUUGUGUUACAACUGAUUCCCAGCUUCAGAGUAGUCAAUUACAAGACGGAAACCUACUUAACGUCAUUGAUACCCCUGGACUGUUUGAUAUUUCUCGUGAUCCUGAUUUUGUUAUAAAAGAACUUGAUAAGUGCUUUGAUCUGGCCAAGGAUGGCAUCACUGCUGUACUUUUAGUUCUGUCUGUGCAAACUCGGUUUUCAAGAGAAGAACAAGCUUGUGUGCAAUGCUUUAUGAACCUCUUUGAGAGAAAAAUUGUUGAUUACAUGAUUGUGGUCUUCACCGGAGGAGAUGAGUUUAAUGAAGAAAAUGAUGAGAUUCUGGUGAAAUACUUGGACAAUUGCCCUGAGCCUUUAAAGGAUACUCUAGAAAUAUGUGGCAAUAGACAUGUACUUUUCGACAAUAAGACUGAGGAUCAGGUGAAGAAAGAUUUACAAUUGAGAAAUCUUAUUUCACAAGUUAAUUUGGUUGUGGAAAAAAAUAGCGGAAAACCAUAUAUAAGAGUCCUGUACAUGGAAUUAAAGCUUGAAUCUAAGCUGCGGGAGAUGAGGCAUCUUGAAACUGAGUUGGCAAAAGAGCGUGAUGGUCGGUUGCAAGCAGAACAGAAUGCAGAAGAAGCUCUAAAGAAAUUGGAAUAUAUGAGUUUAAGCGUGAUGUCUGAGGAACCCAAAGCAAAAAAAUGGGGAAUAUUUCCUACCAAUAUGCGUCUUAUUUAUACUUGA